UUUCCCAUUUCAAAUUCAAUAUUCAAGCUUCCGAAUUUGGAGCCAGCAACUCACUGCGCAGCAACGCUGGGUCCGUUCCUCCGAAGCUCUGCCCGACCCGAUACGCUCUUCUUUCUUCCGCUCGGAGUAUUUCCGUAUUGCAAGUCCCACAACGGCGCCAGUCACAGUCGAGGCACGCCGUCCGCCUAAUUUAUCUGAAUCUCUCUCUCCUCGCGCAUUCUCUCUCUCAAACCCUUCUCCCUCCACUUCAAAUUCCGUUGAGCUGGUUUCUGGAUUUCCCCAAAUUAUGCAAUUGCAGAAUUGUAGAUUUUCGGCCAUCGGUGCAAAACUGCGUGCUUGAUGUUUUUCUACUGACUUUUGGGUUUUCUGGAAGUUUUUGUGCAUAAUCAAAAUAAAUAGAGAGUAGGGACCAUAUUCUGCAUUCUAUUGUUUAAACUUGUUCAUGAGUCAGCUUUGUCAAGGUGCAAUGUGCAUCUUUCGCCGGGGUUCGACGAAGCUUUGAUGAUUUUGGCUGAGAUGAAGCUGUGGCAGUAUAAUCAUUUGUGCUCUGUCUUAUGUAUUUGCCUAGGCUGAUAACAGUUUCUGCAAGAUAUAGAAAUUGACUUUGAUGGCUGAACUCUGAACUGGGAAGUAGAUAUCCAUAUAUCAUCCUCAUGAAAAUAAAAGACUAGAGCUUUUUACCCGAAGAGCUUUUUACGCGAGGCGAGGGAUUCUUGUAAUGGCCGGGAUUGUGAAACCGCCAGGUGCGUUCGCAAUUACCCCGCACAAAGUCUCUGUAUGCAUACUUCUUCAGAUCUAUGCUCCGUCCGUGCAAAUCUCGCUGCCGUUCCCUUUCUCCUCCGUCGCUCAGCACAACCGCCUCGGUCUGUUCCUCUUGGCUCUCACUAAGUCGUGUGACGAUAUUUUGGAGCCGAAACUGGAUGAACUCAUUAGACAUUUGAGGGAAGUUUGCGGCUUGUCACAUGAUUGGUUUAUUGAUCAUUUAACAAGCAGGUUAUCGUCCAUAUCGUCACCGGAUGAUUUGUUUAACUUCUUUACUGAUAUGCGAGGUAUCCUUGGGGGCCCUGAAUCUGGCGUUAUGGAAGAUGACCAGGUUAUUUUGGACCCUGGUAGUAACCUGGGGAUGUUUCUCCGUCGUUGUAUACUUGCCUUCAAUCUGCUAUCGUUUGAGGGUGUGUGCCAUCUACUGACAAAUAUAGGGCAUUACUGUAAGGAAGCCCUCUCAAGUUGUCCUUCUUAUGACACAACUUGCUUAGAAGAGUCCAAUAGCAAUUUGGAGGCGCUUUUAGAAUAUGAAAACAUGGACCUUGAGAAUUUGGUCUUCGAAAAAGUCACGGAAGAAAUUGAAGCGAGAAAAAGUGCCAGUGAAACAGUUCCUUUUCAUCUUCAUGCACCAAAAGCACUUUUUGGUUUGGUUGAAGAUAUUGAGGUUCUUGUUGAUGUGAAACCCAAACAAGGGGACAAAGAUAGAGAGGCUUCUCCAUAUGUGUGUCCUCCAAACGAUACAUUACGAGAUUUUGAGCCCAAUUGUGGGAUAUUCCUAAGAUCAAACUGGCAGAUACAAGGAUACUUACAAGAGCAGGCUGAUGCAAUUGAAAAGAAUGGAAGCUCUGUCUCUUUAAAUGCUUUUGAACUUAUUUUAAGUCGGCUUCAUAAAUUGGCACCUGAGCUGCAUCGUGUCCAUUUUUUGCGUUACUUGAAUAGUCUUUGUCAUGAUGAUUAUUUUGCUGCUUUGGAGAAUCUUCAUCGCUAUUUUGAUUACAGUGCAGGGACAGAAGGAAUUGAUAUCGUUCCUCCUGCAUCUGGUUGCAAUAAUUUUGGACGAUAUGAAAUUGCUUUAUUAUUUCUAGGGAUGAUGCAUUUCCGGUUUGGGCAUCCAAAGCAAGCUUUGGAGGUUUUGACUGAAGCAGUUUGUGUUUCUCAACAGCAAAGCAAUGAUACUUGCCUUGCAUUCACUUUAGCAGCUGUCUGCAACAUGUUGUCUGAAAUUGGUGUCUCAAGUACAGCUGGGAUACUUGGAUCAUCAUUCUCACCUUUGACCAGUAUCGGUAUUUCACUCUCUGUCCAGCAACAAUUGUUUGUCCUUCUCAGAGGGUCUCUGAAGAGAGCAGAAAGUCUAAAGUUGAAACGCUUGGUGACUUCUAAUCAUCUUGCAAAGGCUAAAUUUGAUUUGACGCAUGUGCAAAGACCUCUAAUAUCAUUUGGUCCCAAAGCUUCCAUGAAGCUCAAAACAUGCCCAAUCAAUGUUUGCAAGGAGUUGAGGUUAAGUUCUCAUUUGAUUAGCGAAUUUGGCUCAGAAAGUUCUACAAUGACAACAGAUGGUGCUUUUAGUACCGUCUGGCUUAAGAAUUUACAAAAUCCAUUGGGUUCAGUAGUAUUGUCGCAAGAGAAUGGAUCUGGAAGCAAUACCAAUGCUUUCCAGUUUUAUGCACAGCCAAGUUCCAUUCCUGGAUCGGUACUGCAAUUAAUAGGUUCUUCAUACUUACUCCGAGCCACUGCAUGGGAGAUAUAUGGCAGUGCUCCUCUUGCUCGAAUAAAUGCGCUGAUUUAUGCAACUUGCUUUACUGAUGCUUUGAGUUCAUCUGAUGCUGCUCUAGCAUAUGUGAAGCUUAUCCAACAUUUAGCAGUUUUUAGAGGAUACAAAGAGGCUUUUGCUGCUAUUAAAAUAGCAGAGGAGAAGUUUUUAUCCGUAUCAAAAUCACGAAUCUUGCUACUAAAAUUGCAGUUGCUCCAUGAGCAUAAUUUACAUCUAGGAAAUUUGAAGCUGGCACAAAAAGUAUGCGAUGAACUUGGAGUUCUGGCUUCAUCAGUCACUGGUGUGGACAUGGAGCUGAAGACAGAAGCAAGCCUUCGCCAUGCUCGUACAUUGCUUGCUGCCAACCAGUUCAGUGAGGCUGCCGCAGUAGCACACUCCCUCUUUUGCAUGUGUUACAAAUUCAAUCUGCAGGUUGAAAAUGCUACUGUUCUUCUUUUGCUCGCUGAAAUCCAUAAGCGAUCGGGAAAUGCUGUUCUAGGUCUGCCAUAUGCACUGGCAAGUCUCUCAUUUUGCCAGUCAUUUAACUUAGAUCUUCUCAGAGCAUCAGCCACUCUCACUCUGGCAGAGUUGUGGCUCUCACUUGGAUCAAACCAUGCGAAAAGAGCUUUAAGCCUUAUACAUGGGGCUUUCCCUAUGAUUCUUGGUCAUGGAGGUUUGGAGCUUUGUGCUCGGGCCUACAUCGCAGAAGCAAAGUGCUACCUGUCUGAUCCAAGCUUUUCAGUUUUUGAGAAUCCUGAGGUCGUACUCGAUCCUUUGAGACAAGCUUCUAUUGAACUUCAAGUGUUGGAGUAUCACGAAUUGGCGGCCGAGGCUUUCUAUUUGAUGGCCAUUGUAUUUGACAAACUGGGACAAUUUGAGGAAAGGGAAGAAGCCGCAGCUUCAUUCCAGAAACACAUGAUGGCUCUGGAGAAUCCUCAACAGGAGCAACGUCUUCUCUUCAACGUCUGAUGAAGGAAGACCUCUGUUUUUUUAAAUCAUUCUUGUUCAUUAUUCGUGUAUAAAACUAUGACUACACACUGUAAUUGGUUGAGAAAGUAUUUAUUUUGUACCUAAAUCUGGUCGCACUUAUUUUCCGAAGUAUUAUUUUUUCGAAA